AUCGACGCCAUCGACGCCGUCGACUCUAUCAACUUCGACUACUUCGAUUCUUUUCUAACUUCGCCUCUCAGAUCACCGUUAACAUGUCGCAAAACCCCCUCGCUUUCAUUGCUGCUCAACAGCAAGCUGCCGCCGCUGCCGCUGCCGCUAAUCCUGUAUUAUAUGUUCCGGCAUCGGCCAGGGACGAGAUCAGGGCAUAUAAUGUUCUAAAGAUCUAUGCCGUCUGCCAUCCAAAGUCUGCUGCCUCUGGAACUGGAAAGACGAAUCACUGGACUUUGUCAUUCGAUGUCGGCAAUGGGCAAGGCGUCAGGUUGGACAUUCAGCCUAACCCCCUACAAACCCAUACAAACGGUGGCAUGAAAGCCCAGGUCAUCGUAUCGAGGCUCAACUACGUGGUCACGAACAACGCUGAGAGACAUGACUCAGUCUCAGUCACAUACUCACGGCCAGUCAGUUGGUACAUUGACUACUUGGCGUCGGGAGGGCGCUUCAGAUAUGCAUUCACUUCCGAAGGUAUCGGAUGCCGUCAGUGGAUCAGGGAUACCCUGAAGCUUCUGGCUGAUAUCGGAGAGGUCAAUGGCUCUGACUCCGAAUCAGCUAGGCGUGCUCUCGGUAGACUCUGGCCUGACAACCGCACUGCUGAGCCCGCAGCCGGCACUUAUUUCUAG